AUGGCAGACUUAUUCGACAGACUGGAUGGUGCGACGAUGUUCACCAAGAUAGACCUAAAGAUAGGUUAUUGGAAAGUUCAGAUUGAAGAGGGUGAUGAAUACAAGACGACCUGUGUGAUAAGAUAUGGGUCGUACGACUUCCUGGUUAUGCCGUUCGGCUUAACUAAUGCCCCAACCACAUUUUGCACCCUGAUGAACCAAAUCUUCCAAGAGUACAUUGACGAAUUCGUGGUAGUCUACUUCGAUGACAUUGUGUUAUAUAGCCAAACACUAGAAGAACACAUGGAGCACUUACAGAAGGAAGACACGGAGGAUCCUUCACGGAGCCAGCUUAAAAUACCCAGUAUUCGAGACCCCAAUUCAACUGAGAAAAGGCGUGUUGAUGUUAUCCUUGAUGAUCGAGUGAUUCACGCCUAA